GGGGCCGCGCCGGGGGGGCAAAAUGGCGGCCAGGUUGAGUGGCGGAGAGAACCGGCUGGUCUCACUGCCCCUGUCGCGCAUCCGCGUCAUCAUGAAGAGCUCGCCGGAGGUCUCCAGCAUCAACCAGGACGCGCUUUUCCUCACCGCUAAGGCCACGGAGCUUUUCGUUCAGUAUUUGGCGUCGUACUCCUACAAGCACGGCAGAGGCAAGGAGAAGAAUGCCCUCACGUACAGUGACCUGUCUCACACUGCAGAAGAGUGCGAAACCUUUCAGUUCCUUGCAGAUAUCUUACCAAAGAAAAUCCUAGCUAGCAAAUACCUAAAAAUGCUUGAAAAAGAGAAGCGAGGUGGAGAAUUGGGGAAAUGUGAUGAAGAGGACGAUGAUGAAGAGGAUGAUGAUGAAGCUGUGGAUGAAGCUGUUGGAUCUUAAGGCUAGUGGAGAGCUACUUCAUAGCUGAUCCAUUUUCUGUUGUAUAAAGGAUGUUAUUUUUGUGACUGAGUAUCCAGAUGCUGGAUGUAUUUAUACACUGAGCCAUCUGCUUUUGCUUUAAGAAGUUGAAAAAUUGAACUGUGUACUUCCUGAAGAAUGGAAUUCUUCCCUCAGAAAUGUGGUGGCAAGAGAAGCACUAAUGUAAAUGUGACAGCAGAACUUGCUCAUAUGAUUGAGAAUGACUUCUUCAGACAAUCGUUAUCCAAAUGUACAAUUCCUUACAGGCAGCUCUCAGUCCAAAAGCUCUUUCACUCUUUAAAAGGGAGCUCUUCCCCAGUUUGUGUUACUCAGGUGAGGGGAACGUUUUUUACACAGGAUCUGCUACUCCUGGUCUUCUUUUGCUUGGGGAGCCAGUAAGUGAUCCAACCCUUCCCCAGUUUUCUGGAACAGUGGCAGGGCAUUAGCAGUGGACCAAGCCCAAUUUUAAUAAGUGUUCUGUUUUGGUUUUGAUUUACCUUUAAAAUAAAAAAAAAUAAAGCUGUUGCUGUACUGCAGCCUAAACUGGCACAUCCACACAGAAACUGAGUAGAGGACGAGAGCCAUUCCAACAGCGAACGUGUUUCAGCAGCUGCUGGUGAUAAGAAGUAGAUGUGAAAGAUAACAACGUAAAUCUGUACAAGAACCUUUCUCUGUAGUCAGUUCUGUACGCCUGCGGUUUGUCCGUGGCGCUCUAACAAAACACGUUGAUUGAAGUCUGUUAAAUGUGGAUUGUUGGGAGUGAGCAACCCUUUACCACUUGAGUGACAGAGCUGCAUAGCUGAAUUUUAUUUGUUUGUUUUUUACUAUAAGAAUAACUGUCCUGUGUACAACUUUAUAUGCGACUUUUUACAAUAAAUAUUUUUAGGAAAAAGUGA